AUGGCGGACAAACAUUCUGUGUCGGCAACUGAGAGCAGUUGUGUGCCGAAUCCGUGUUUCUAUGGCGGUGUGUGUGAGGACAACGGAGACGGUGGUUACACCUGCACAUGUCCCGCAGGACGGGAGGGGGAGAAAUGCGAAAUAAGUGCUGCCUGCUCAGGUAACCCGUGUAAUCACGGUAACUGUACCGAGGACCCCAACGGAUACUACUGUGCCUGUGAGCCAGGUUGGACAGGAACGAGAUGCGAAACAGCAUUGUUCUGUGCGAGCCAGCCUUGCCAGCAUGGGGGAGUCUGUAUAGAUGGUGCAAACGGCUUCUACUGUUUCUGUGAACAAGGUUGGACCGGCAAACAGUGCGAAACAGGUGCUGCCUGCUCAGGUAACCCGUGUCAUCACGGUAACUGUACCGAGGACCCCAACGGAUACUACUGUGCCUGUGAGCCAGGCUGGACUGGGACGAGAUGCGAAACAGCAUUGUUCUGUGCGAGCCAGCCUUGCCAGCAUGGGGGAGUCUGCAUAGAUGGUGCAAACGGCUUCUACUGUUUCUGUGAACAAGGUUGGACCGGGAAACAGUGCGAAACAGACAUUGAUGAAUGUAAAGACAACCCAUGUGGCUUGAAUCAACAGUGUAUCAAUCACCCCGGAAACUUCACAUGCAACUGUACUGAUGGGUACGACGGAACACCCUGCAACGAUGUUGACGAGUGUGCUGCCAACCCUUGUCAGGUUAACGAGGAUUGUAUUAACACUGUUGGGAGUUACACCUGUACCUGCAAGACAGGCUUCCGCCCGAAUGGAGAUAACUGUGAAGAUAUAGACGAGUGUUCCUUCCUCGGCCGAUGUCCAGACCACUCAAACUGCAUCAACACCAUCGGCAGUUACCGCUGCGAUUGUCACACCGGAUUCAGCGGUCCAACUUGUACAGAAAUUACUACCACGCCCCCGCCUUCUACUGCAAGUUCCACAACAACUACUGUUAGUGGCUCCACUGUAACAGUGACACCAGGGACAACAACUUUGAACACCUUCACUGGUUCAGUGACGACAACGACGGCGGCGGCAACAACAACAACAACAACAUCUGGAACAACGGCAACAACAACAACAGGGACAACCGAGACAACAACAACCACACAGCCAACACCAGACAUCGGCUGGAUAAACGGGCAAAGCGUUAGACAAAAUAGCAACGGCUGGAAAGUAGAUGCCACAAUGGAUGAAAAAAUCAGUAACGCCUCAGCUCACCAAGGACAACAGUGUUGGUACUACAAAAGUGGUAGAAACACCGGUAGUCAACCCGGGCCUGGAGACAAAACGCCCUUCUCUCCCGGCCUCAGUGUUAAAGUCGGACGGUCUGACGGCACCUAUACUGCCGAGGCGGACUCCUUCUACGUGUCCUUCUGGUUCAAGAUGGCGAAAGACUACAGCACCAAAUUUGGAGACGGGACCAAGAUGUUGGUCGUAGCAGGAGACCCGAACGGUACCUUCGCCUCUUCUAACCACCUAGAGAUCUAUUUCCCCUCCCGUUACCGUGCCAAGGUAUCGAUCCAAACCAAGGAAAGCUAUCCAAGCUAUACAGAAUGCGCGCAGAGCAAGAACUGUGGCGAUAACUUCGGCGGUAUCCCCAACGUCAUUGCCGAUAACCUUGAUCCCACCACCUGGCACCAUGUUGAGAUGACCCUCCGCUCUCGGCCCCAGGACUACAUGGACGAGUGGUUCUAUGUGAUCGACGGCGACACCGCAAACCAAAAGCAAGAAGGCGCUUUUUACAAAACCCAGCAGUACGACGAAGGCCGGUACCUGUAUGUCAACAGGCUGUCGUUUGUUGACAUCACAAGUGACGCAUAUGUCAGCGCAAAGAAAGGAAUCUACUUUGACGACAUCAGCUACAAAGCCUACAAUUCCUCCAAUACUAACGUGGUCCUUAAGGAAUACAGCACCUCUUUUGAACCUGUUGAAAAUUGAGCAAAACUUUGAAUAUUUGCGUGCCCAAGUGAAGUUGAUAAUGAACAUGCUAGCGCUGUUUUUAACAUAUUACAUUCUGUGAUAACUGCGGUGGUGUAAUGUACACUUUUAACUUGUGGUGGCAUAUUUGCACCAAAAAUAGCACAAUAACAAACACCCAAAGUAAUGUAAGAUAAAGUGGAGAAUAUCAUAAUUGUAUUAACUUGUUUUAAAUGUGUACUGCAGAGUAAAUUUACUUAUAGUAGGCCAAAGGCAGUUAUUCGUAUCCACAAUAUGACGUAACGUGUGUCUCUGUAUACCUUUUAGGUUGAUAAAAGAGUGUUAUUAGCUAUAUGUGAUAACAAUAAGCUAUAGUAUAUAUCUCUAUAUGUAUAUAUUUGGAUUUGCUGUUUUCCAUAUAGAAGGCUUUUGGAACUGAAUUCAUAUAUAGUUAUAUAAGUUAAUAUAUAGGCUGUAUGCUAGUAGCGUAGCUGUUGGUCAAAUUAGCAAGAUUUUGUAUUCAAUUAUUUUAAUAUUGGGUUACUGGUGAUAACAAGGAGUUAUGGAUUAAAAUCUGUACUAACGAUGCAUCAAUAAUAAA